UCAAAUUUCUAGACGUUUUGCUUUCAUUGUUGAUCAACAGAAUCACAUAAGGUGGACAUUUAUGGACUUUGGAAUAUUGUCCUGUCUGUGUCAAAGGCCUGUUAUUCUGUACACUCUGCUACAUUAUGGAAGUGCACCAGGUUGUGUUGUGGCUAAUUGUCGCCACCUAGAGAACUAAUCACCUUGUCUCUGGAUAAUGCAUUACAGAACAGGUGUAAUGAAUUAUGAUGCUGUAGAUGGCGCCCCAAUGCCAUACAUUAUUGACUACCUCGACGGCUCUAGUCCUAGGCCAAAGUCAGCCAGGUAACGUGAUAUAAAUAUUGCACAUUUAUAUCAAACGUUGCCCCCUCUCACCUCCAAUGGCUCAAACACGAAGAGCCUGGAUACUGUAUAUUGCAAUAAGGUGCAACUGCAAACCUACAUUACAGUUUAGUCCAUUCAAUUCAGAGAUGGGUCGUUCGCGAACGAACGGCUCUUUCUGAACGGAUCUUUUUGGUGAACUUCGGGAAUUUGACUCCCUUAUUUGCAUACUGCUACCAAAGAUGGUUUAGAAACUCUGCUGCUGAUACUACUACUGCUUUUUGAGCUCCCGACAACGAUUAUCUGUAGAUAUGGUAUAAAACGUUAUCUGAAGAUGGUAAUUCCUCACUGCAGGAACAAUUGGUAGUGAGGAGAGCCUCAUUCUGUACGCUACAGUUCCCCAGUGUCUACAAAAAUAUAAAUACUUGCAGGCGAUCUAAUUUCGUCAGGUAAAAUGUGUUUGAACUCACAUUUCACUGUCUGACAUAAUGGUAGGCAAACUUUUAGGCUGUACAUUAGAAAUUUGUUAUUUUUCAUGGUUUUUAUUUGACUGUUCUCAAGGUAAUUUACUCAAAUUCGUAUAUGCAGAUUUUAAUCAUGGACCAUCUAUAUCCGGGUUGCGUCCAGUUAAUCAGACCAACAUUACAUGCGCACUAGCACGCAGUACGCACAGGAAGCAGCUAUGAAGAUGUCAUUCAAAAACAUGGUAGACAUUGGAUGAAUAUAGAAUGUUGAUAUCUUCCGCUGUGAGUGAUUGUGAAAAACUCGGCCUCAUUCAAUGGAUGUUUUGUGCACAAACGUGAUGACUAAUGUGUCUUAUUAGGAAUGUUCAAAUGGCCGUCUAUGGAAAUGGUAUUUCUGGGCCGGGCGUCAGUUACACUGCAGUACCAAUGCAAAACUGUAGUAGCAGUCGAAACCGUGCUUCUACAACGGAACCCUAGCCCCUUGACUUUGCCCUGUGCUAACCUGCCCAGCUGGCCGAGAUUAUAUUCGGUUCAGCCAAUUAAAAUCGUUGAAAUAGUUGAUUUGAGAGAGGUUUUAAUAGAAAUCCAACGGCACGUUUUGACGAUCAAAACAACUAGUUCAAGUGUGUUUGAGCUGUCUGUGUAGAGUGCCAACUCCACGUAAUUGACGCAGAUUGUGCCCCCCCGUAAAAGCACAUCGCAUCCGCCUAUGUCGGCCUUCCACAUAUGCUUUGGACGGUGGCCUUGCUACAGCGGUGUUUGUCAGACCAUACGACAUUCCGAAAACCGGUCUUCUCACGAAAGCGUCUGUAGCGCCUGAACGGUUUGGCCUAAAACUAUUAUGGGAAGAUGAGACUCAAGAACACGAAGGUGUUUGGCUCUACGACCCCCACAAGUGUCACGGACCAGUCCGAAUGCCAACGAAUGUCGAUAUGGAGCAGGAUAGACAGCGAGUGAGAGGAAGAAAUCAAAGAGCUUGUGGACAAGGGCCCCGUCAGAGAGGUGGGCCCCAUCAAAGACAUCAACGAGGUGGGCAUGGGCCACAUCAACGAGGUGGGCAUGGGCCACAUCAACGAGGUGGGCAUGGGCCACAUCAACGAGGUGGGCAUGGGCCACAUCAACGAGGUGGGCAUGGGCCACAUCAACGAGGUGGGCAUCAGAGAGAGGGAGGCAGACUGCAGGGAACUGUUGUGUCUAAUGAAGUCCGGGCCAUCGUCGUUGACCAUGUGGGAAACUGAGGCCUUACCAUGGCAGAGGCUGCCAGACUAGUUCACCCCAAUCUGAAAUGAUCAACUGUCAAUUCGAUCAUGAGAACAUUUAGGCAAGAAAACUGAAUUGACAGAAGACCCAAUGGUGGUGGCCGUGUGCUGACCGACCUGCAGUGGUGGAAAUGGUGAGGGCCAGGAAUAACAUUCGGCUGUCCAAAAUAAAGCAGGCCAUUGAGGAGAACGAUGACACCUUUGCCAAUGUGGCAUCCAUCAGCCUACCAACAAUCACCUGCCUUUUGAAGAGGCACCAGGUAUCUAUGAAACACAUUUACCUGGUGCCUUUUGAGAGAAACAACGACCGGGUGAAACAACUGCAGGCCGAGUAUGUUCAGGUACAGCACUAUAUACUGUAUCACUGUUCCUAUUAAUGCACAUGAUACUUCACAAUAUCAUAUUGGAACUAUACUGUAAAAAUAACUAACCAAAAUAUAUUUUUUGUGGGUGAUUGUGCUUGAUGCUGCUGUGAGCCGUCACAAGUAUAUCUUUAUUGAUGAAGCGGGCUUCAACCUGGCCAAAACUCAGAGCUGUGGGUGAAAACCUCAUUGGCCAACUGGCGACCGCCCAAUGUGGGGGAAACAUCUCCAUGUGCACCGCUAUCUCUGAAGAUGGUGUGCAUGGAGAUGGAAGGUGUACGAUCGACAUCCCCAUGAGAGUACCACCUUCCUUAUGGCCAUGGAUGAGGCAUGCGAUGACUUCAAUGAAGAUUAGAUUCGCCAUGCCAAAAGACAGAACCCCCCAUCCUGAGAACAUCCACAUCUCCUCACUACCUCCCAGUAUUCCUACAGACCAGGAGCCAACGCAUGGAGAAGAAGACAUGGCACAGGGGGAAGCAGUUGAGACCACACAGACACAGCGAGGAGCCCCCUCUGUCUUUCCAGAGGGCCAGAAUGGGGGAACUGAUGUAUCUAGUACCUAUUUUCACCAUAAGGUCCCCAUUCCAGAUGAUGACAAUCAGAUGUGGUUCAGUUUCCGUAAGCUAUGGGCCUUCACAGGACCAGGGUUCCUGAUGAGCAUCGCCUACCUAGACCCAGGAAAUAUAGAGUCAGACCUGCAGUCAGGUGCUAAAGCAGGAUUCAAGUUGUUGUGGGUUCUUCUGGGAGCCACCGUCAUUGGUCUGCUGUUGCAGAGGCUGGCAGCCAGACUGGGUGUGGUCACUGGGAUGCACCUGGCAGAAGUCUGCAACCGCCAGUACCCCACCGUGCCACGCAUUAUCCUGUGGUUGAUGGUGGAGCUGGCCAUCAUAGGUUCAGACAUGCAGGAGGUCAUAGGUUGUGCCAUUGCAUUCAACCUCCUCUCCUCUGGCAGGAUACCUUUGUGGGGGGGUGUUCUCAUCACCAUCAUCGACACAUUUGUGUUCCUCUUCCUGGACAAGUAUGGUCUGAGGAAACUUGAGGCCUUUUUUGGGGUCCUUAUUACAAUCAUGGCCAUCACCUUUGGAUAUGAGUAUGUGACGGUGCGUCCGGACCAGGGGGAGCUGCUCCAGGGGAUGUUUAUGCCGUACUGUGAAGGCUGUGGUCCUGUGCAGCUGGAGCAGGCUGUGGGCAUCGUAGGGGCUGUCAUAAUGCCCCACAACAUCUACCUGCACUCUGCCCUCGUCAAGUCUAGACAGAUUGAUCGUUCCAGUAAGAAGGAGCUCAAGGAGGCCAACAAAUACUUCUUCAUUGAGUCGACCAUUGCACUCUUCCUCUCUUUCCUCAUCAACGUAUUUGUGGUGGCUGUCUUCGCUGAGGCUGUCUAUGGACGCACAAACAUUGAAGUGCAUGACAUCUGUAAUGCAACUGGUAUUCUUCACCUAGAUCUGUUCCCCAUGAAUAAUGAGACACUGCAGGUGGACAUCUACAAAGGCGGAGUGGUUCUGGGCUGUAUUUUCGGCCCUGCAGCACUAUAUAUCUGGGCUGUGGGAAUCCUGGCAGCAGGUCAGAGUUCAACCAUGACCGGGACCUACUCAGGACAGUUUGUCAUGGAGGGAUUUUUGAACCUGCGCUGGUCCCGUUUCUCCCGGGUGUUGCUGACCCGUUCCAUCGCCAUCACGCCCACCCUGUUGGUGGCCAUCUUCCAGGACGUCACCCACCUGACGGGCAUGAACGACUUCUUGAACGUGCUGCAGAGCAUGCAGCUGCCGUUUGCUUUGAUUCCCAUCCUCACUUUCACCAGUUUAUCCUCCCUCAUGAGUGAAUUUGCCAAUGGAUUAUUUUGGAAGAUUGGGGGAGGAGUUGUGAUCUUGUUGGUGUGUUGUAUCAACAUGUACUUUGUAGUCAUCUAUGUGACCUCUCUGAACAGUGUGUGGCUGUACGUGUUGGCUGCUUUUCUCUGCAUAGCAUAUUUGGGAUUUGUGGGUUACCUGACGUGGUUAUGUCUGAUAGCGCUAGGUGUGUCCUGUCUGGAUGUCACCUGCAGGGCCAGGGACGACACCACAGUUCUGAUAGAGCAGCAGCCAGAGUUUGACUCCUGAGCAUGGUUCCUUCCUGCAUGUGUGUUUGUGUGUGAGGCUAUGGGAGAUGCCUUGGGAUAUUUGAAGGUGCUACUGUACAGAUUGUAAAAUUUGUUUACAAUUUUGAAAUGACUAAUGUUUUGUAAUGAUAUUUGCCUUUAUGACAAUUGUUAUUUAAGGAAUAUGCAUUAAGUAAAUAACAUUUAUUAUGGUACAUUUCAUUAAUUAUUUCACUUUUGUAUGUAUUGAAUUUUAAGAUAAUUGCCAUAUUAAUGAUCAUAUUAGAACUUUGAUUUGUGAGGAAUUUAGAAAAGGAUUGUGAAAUGGUACUGUACACUGUAAAUGUCAAUUAUCUAUUUACUCAGUGAAUUAAUUACAUCCUGAAAUUGUUAAAAAAUGCAAAUAAAUGCUCCCAUUUUUUAUGUUGUGGUCAAUGAGAUCUACCAUGGAAAAAUGGUUUCAUAAUGUAUGUGUCUAGCAAUCCUCAACUCCGCCACAGGGAGACACUGUGGAUUCAAACUGAGGGUAAUGUUUGAAAAGUACCAGUACUGUAGUCUACAACAACAAACAUGGAAUGCCAUGAACUUUAACAUAUUGUGAAAAUGUAUCACUAUAGUGUUUUAUCUGUAGAUCCACCAUGAUGAGUUUAUUUAACCUCAUGUCUUCUUUAUUGCUUCCAUAUGCAAUUGCUACCUUUCUGUAUGCAUCAAGUUCCCAUUCACAGCUAAUGUUGUUGAGUUUUGGAAUUCUUAUGCUGGUAUGAACAAUUGUGUCAUUACAUUUCCUGUAGCAAUCACUGGUAUAAGAGUUAAGCAUAUUCCAGACUGGAAGGUCUGUGACCUUUUAAGAAAGAGGGCCAGAGCAGACAGACAUGUUCUCUUUGCAUUGUGGCGGCGGGAACUUUUUCCUGUCAUGGCGCCAGCAGCCUUCUGUAAGGAGGGAGAGUCUUCCCACCUCCCCUCUGUGUUUUUGUUUUUCUCAAUGAGCCGAUCUCUCCCUGUGUAGGGCUCUCUCACAGCCUGUCCAGCAGGCCCCUUUCCUGGAAACAUAGCCCAGCAGAGGCCACUAAGGGGCAGAGGAGGGAGGCCAGGGCGGCUUCUUCCAGGAAAUCACAUGAUCCUGUACCUAAAGUCCCAGUCCUACAUAAAACCUAAGACGUGACCAAUCUCCAUGGUAUCUGGAUGCUUUUGACAAUGUUGCACAUUUCUUUAAGUAAGUAUUGAGGCACACAUGGGACAUGUAUGCUAUAUUUCCUGAGUGAUUGGAGAUAUGUAAUAUGGUUACUUGCAUUUUUGUAGGAAUAGAAACUACAACCACAGUGUUUAAAUUUUUUUUUUAUUCUGAACAAUGUAUUCUCAUAUCAAUAUUGUGUUAUAUAAUUUAAUUAUUUUUUUUAACAGAAUGUAUUAAGAUGAAGUUCGAUGGUGAAUAGAUAAUUAUCUGCUAAUUUUUGUUGUUUUGUACAAAGAUUGAUGUUUGAUGUCACGUGAAACAGGUGAAGGAUGGACAGGUAGAAGCUAUAUUUGCACCAGGAUGCUUUGACCCCGCUCUCUGCAGUUGACUAAGAUUGGAACUAAAUGAAAUAUUUCAAAAUGACUCUGUCAUUUAUUAAGUCUAAUUAAACAUUUUAAAACACUUUGCUUGAAACCUAUUUAUAUUUACAACAUAAUUAUAGCAAACAAUUUUCCUCAAUUAUCGUUCAGUGAUUAUUCCGAAUAGCUUUGCUGUUAUGAACCAUCAUGUAGGCUGUGUGUACAUUAGUUGCAGUGCAAUUGCAACACCAUCAUUUAAUUGGUAAUCUACUUCAUUUGAGUUUAUACUACUAAUAAAAACUUUACAUAA